AUGGGUAAAUCAUUUUUUAAUCGUAGAAGCAAAUUGUGGUGGGGUCACUGCCAUCUAAGGAUAGGAAGUCGUCUACAAGUAAGAUUAAAUAAAGGAGUUAAGUUUUCUCAUUUUGAACACAUAGGAAGAUUUAUAGCCUUUGCAAGGCAAUCGAGAUUUUUAAGAGCAGCAACACUCAGCAAGUGCCUGAGGAGAAAUUUUUGGGGGUCUGAUUUUUAUUAUGAUGGAAAACCAAAAAGUAAAGAAAAUCCUCAGCAAAUUUUUAAAAAUUCACAGGAUGAAGGUAAAUACAUUUAUGCCAUAGAAAAAGGAAAAAUAACACCAUCCAUAAGUGAAAUAAAAAAACUAGAGACAAUUUUAGGUGUCCCCUUGAAAAGGAAUAAACAAAAAAGGUUACUCAGAAAAUUAUGA